CACAGGCGCCCGGGCAGGCAUGAAAGGGCUCUUUGACGCUGGGCUGCGGGGACAGAAACACAGACGGCCGGCCAGGCAGGGAGGACACAGGGAGCGUCCCUGAGACGCCCUGACCAAGAUGGCAGCUCCCGCCCUGCUGCUCCUGGCACUGCUGCUGCCCACGGGGGCCUGGCCCGGGCUGCCCAGGAGGCCCUGUGUGAGCUGCUGCCGCCCGGCCUGGCCGCCUGGCCCCUACGCCCGGGCGAGUGACGGGGACCCGUGGUGGGGGCUUCCCCGAGUGCGGCCCACCAUAGACAUCGAAAUCCUCAAAGGUGAGAAGGGCGAGGCCGGGGUCCGAGGGCGUUCCGGCAGGAGCGGGAAGGAGGGGCCGCCGGGCUCCCCGGGCCUGCAGGGCCGCAAAGGCCAGAAGGGGCAGCUGGGGCCACCAGGCGCCCCGUGCCAGCGUGCCUACGCGGCCUUCUCCGUGGGCCGGCGCGAGGGCCUGCACAGCUCCCACGGCUUCCAGGCGGUGCCCUUCGACACGGAGCUGGUGAACCUGGACGGCGCCUUCGACCUGGCCGCGGGCCGCUUCCUCUGCGCGGUGCCCGGCGUCUACUUCCUCAGCCUCAACGUGCACACCUGGAACUCCAAGGAGACCUACCUGCACGUCAUGUGGAACCGGCGGCCCGCGGCCGUGCUGUACGCGCAGCCCAGCGAGCGCAGCCUCAUGCAGGCCCAGAGCCUGCUGCUGCCGCUGGCCGCGGGCGACACCGUCUGGGUGCGCAUGUUCCGGCGUGACCAGGACAACGCCGUCUACGGCGAGCUCGGGGACCUCUACAUCACCUUCAGCGGCCACCUGGUCAAGCCGGCCGCCGAGCCGUAGCCGGGAGAGGGCCCGCGGCUGGGCACGCUGCCCGUGUGCGGUGGAGGCAGCAGAGCUU